GCAUCAUCAGGCAUUCAAGGCCUAUUGAGAAGCAGAAUUGCGCGGCGCAAUUGUUGAACGCGUCGUCUGAGUUGGUGGCCUCGCGGCCUCUUUAUUUUGGGGCCAAGUCCCCAGAAAAGCUCGGACCAUUAGACUUGGCACGGCCAAAAAAGAUCGUGGACGGGAAAAAGGAGGCUACGAAGAGGCUGACUCCAUUUUUACAUUUCGGUGAGACGACGGCGCAGGAUUGAGCGUCGCUUAUCAUCACAUCCACGGCCGAUACGAUACACAGGUCAGCACAUCGGUUGGACAACUUGAAAGGCAUCAAAUCCAGAUAUCGCCGGUAGAGACACAAGCGUCUCUCUCGACCAAAGUUUUUCCAAUCAUGGCCACCAACAUCCACUACCACCCCACGCCCCUGACGCCCGAAAUCCGGGCCGGGCUUCGCAAACAGACCGGCUUCACGAUCUGGCUGACGGGCCUCUCCGCAAGCGGCAAGUCGACCAUCGCCGUGGCGCUGGAACAAGCACUGCUGCGCAAACCGUACAGCAAAGCCGCGUACCGUCUAGACGGGGACAACAUCCGAUUCGGGCUCAACAAGGACCUCGGCUUCUCUCCCAAGGACCGCGAAGAAAACAUCCGCCGCAUCGCCGAAGUGGCCAAGUUGUUUGCCGACUCGUGCACCAUCGCCAUCACCAGCUUCAUCAGCCCGUACCGAGCCGACCGGGACCUGGCGCGUCAACUGCACGAGGCCGAACGACCCGGCGGCGAAAAGGGAUGUCCUUUCGUUGAGGUUUGGAUCGAUGUCCCUGUCGAGGUCGCCGAGCAGCGUGACCCCAAGGGUCUGUACAAGAAGGCUCGGGAGGGCAAAAUCCCCGAGUUUACGGGAAUCAGUGCGCCCUAUGAGGAACCUCUGAAGCCGGAGAUUCAUAUCCAUUCGGAUAAGACUUCUGUCGAGGAUGCCGUUAAGAUUAUCGUCAAGUACCUUGAGGAUAAGGGGUACUUGGCUGAGCCGCCUGCUGUUGCGGAUGAUGAAUAGAGUGGAAAGACAGGAUAGAUGGCACGGCUUACUAGAUUAGAUGAAAUCGAAUGAAGUAAGGCGAUUCGAGACGAGACUACAGUUGCGAUGGCAUGGCCUAUGCAUGGUUGUGAGUGCGAUGCAGUGGGAUAGACCUCGCUUGACAGGCCUUGCGAAUUCGACAGAGAGAUAGGCCUACUUCUAAAGUCGCAUGUCUUAGAUGGACAAAGGAUGGGAUUCUCAGUGUCGAUUGCCGUACUGGCGGCAAUUUUCCAAAGUCCCUGCUCUGCAUACCUAGUUUACCCUCUUUUAUCGUACUUAACUACGGAAUUUAUGUCUUGAAGAUCCUCA